CGCUCUUUUUCCGGCCUUCUUUUGUAAAACCCUGUUUUUAGGGUUUCAACCUAUCCUCGUCUCGCCUCCCAACUCGCCGCCAUGCCUCAAGGAGAUUACAUCGAGCUUCAUCGGAAGCGCCAUGGAUACCGGCUCGACCACUUCGACCGCAAGAGGAAGAAGGAGGCGCGACAGGUCCACAAGCGCUCCGCUUUCGCCCAAAAGGCUCUUGGUAUUAAAGGGAAGAUGUUUGCGAAGAAGCGGUAUCAGGAGAAAGCUUUGAUGAAGAAAACACUUGCUAUGCACGAUGAGUCAUCAUCUAGACGUAAAGUGGACGAUGAAGUUCAGGAUGGUGCUAUUCCUGCCUAUUUGAUGGAUCGUGAUACAACUACUCGUGCAAAGGUUCUUAGCAACACAAUCAAGCAAAAGAGGAAGGAAAAAGCCGGCAAAUGGGAUGUUCCUCUACCGAAAGUCAGACCGAUGGCUGAAGCUGAGGCAUUUAGAGUAGUCCGUACUGGCAAGCGAAAAAACAAGCAAUGGAAGCGGAUGGUCACUAAAGUGACAUUUGUUGGGCCUGGAUUUACAAGAAAACCACCAAAAUACGAGCGCUUCAUUAGACCUAUGGGCUUGCGGUUUACCAAAGCCCAUGUUACCCACCCUGAACUGAAAUGCACAUUUAAUCUUGAGAUAAUUGGGAUUAAGAAAAACCCUAACGGUCCUAUGUAUACUUCUCUUGGUGUGAUAACGAAGGGUACACUUAUAGAGGUGAAUGUGAGUGAACUUGGUCUGGUUACCGAUAAGGGAAAAGUAGUGUGGGGUAAAUAUGCCCAAGUUACUAACAAUCCAGAGAAUGAUGGCUGCAUAAAUGCAGUUCUCCUUGUUUAAGAA